GAGAGUACCUAAUGUAAAAAGGGCUCACCACCCUCCAUCAUCGUCAAGUCUCACUUCUUUCUCCCUUUUCUUUCUUCACCAUCUGCGUGUUUCUCUCGUUUCGAGUAUAUCUCAAGUCUCUCAUUUUUUCUUCGACGUCGUCGGUCAACCGCCUCCUAGACCCUUUCUGCAUCGCCAGCAGUCUUUUCAAUUCUGCACACGUUUCUAUACUUUAUACAAACAGCAACUGUGUCUGCUCAGCUUCCGCGAAAUCGACUUUCGCUCAUUGGUAUCCCGCAUUGCUUAUUGCAUACGUCCACUCAUUCGACAACAACGAAGUAUAUAAAUAUACUCUUCGAGAUUAGACAACUCCUAGAAUAAACCGCAAAAAAACAAAAUGAAGUCCGCAACUGUAGCUUUAGGCCUUUUCGCCGGCCUGGCCUCGGCUUCUUACCAUCAACCCCGUCACUUCCACUGGCGACGAAAUGAGACCUACCCUGUGGAAUCCUAUCCCGCUGAUUCCUACCCGGUAGAAUCUGCUGUGCAGUCCUCGUCCUCUCCUGUGGAAUCCUCCGCUGUGCAAUCUUCUCCCGCGCAAUCCACUGGCGUCGAAUCUUCAACCACUAGCGUUGGAGCUUUAACCACUGGCGUCGGAGCCUCAACCACUGGUGUCGGAGCUUCAACCACUCUUACCGUCGCCAUCACUACCGUCCACACUAUCACCUCUUGCGCUCCUACCAUCACUAACUGCCCUGCUGCCACCGGCAGCAGCGGCAACAGCACUGGCCCUGCCAUUGUUACUGAGGUCAUUGACCUUACCACUACCGUCUGCCCUGUGACCGCUGCUGAGUCCCUCUCCAAGUCUUUGGUCGGUGCCCACAGCAGUGGUCUCAUCUCCGGCACUACUCGCACCGUUACUGCUACUCCUGCUAUUACCACCUCUACUGGCAACUCCCCUGAGGCUACCCAGCCCAGCAAUGGUGCCAGUGUUUCUGUUUACCCCACUACUAGCGUCGUGGACCAGACCGUCAGCAUCACUGUAGGUCCCGAGACCUCCCGAUCUGUUUUGGUCACCACCUUAAAGUCCACCCUCACUCAGCUGGUUACCGUUACUGCUGUUCCCGUCCCCAGCUCCGGCUCCGGCAAUGGCAACGGCAACGGCAAUGGUAACGGUAACGGUAACGGCAGCGGUAACGGCAACGGAAAUGGCAGCGGUCUUAGCUACGUCGUCAGCAACGAACCUACUACCACCACUACCCGAACCACCACUGGCACUCGUACCGUCACCGUUUCUCCCGAAGCGUCCACUUCUUCUGUCAAGGCUGAGGAGACCGGCUCUGGCAACGGUAACGGCAACGGCAACGGCGCCGGUCAGUGCGUUGCUACCACUGUCACUGUCAACGGUGACUGCGCUGCUGCCACUGCUACUGUCACCGUCACCGAGACCAAGCCUGCCAGCACCGUCUACAUCACUGCUCCUGUUGCUGAGAAUACCAGCACUAAGGUUCAGGCCGUUCCUUCCGUGUCUGCCGCUGCCUCCGCUACUGCUUCUGUCGCUACCUCCGAGGCUGGUGCCACUUCUCCUACCGCCGUUCCUACCACCGGCAACGGUGAGGAUGAUGAGGGAGAUGACUGCACCCCUGAGAAUGAAGGUGAGGGAGACAAUGAGGAUGAGGGUGACGACUGCCCCCCUGAGAGCGAGACUGGCGUUGUUACUGCUACUGCUACCGCCACUGUCGUCCCCUACCCUACCGGCGGUUUCAACGCGACUGCGCCUACUUACCCCAGCGGCGCCGCCAUCCCUACCGUCAACCUCCGGUAAAUCAAUGACACGUUUUGGAAGCGCCGUAUAAAGGCGCAGAGAAACCAGAGCAAAGCAUUUUCCUAUUAUUUCGGAUCAGUUUUUGAAAGAGUCUUGGAUUAAACGCAGUUCUUGGCUGAUUCUUGAAUCCCCGCCGUCUCCGGUCUGGUCGCCGAGAAGGCGUGGGAAGAAGGCUGAGCAGCAGUAUCUUUGGACUAUUUAUCAUAUACUCAGGAGCUCGCCGCGCCCGAUAUCAAAUGAAAAAAAGGCAGUACGUGUGCUGACAAGGCUCAUACGACGACGCCGCCGCCAGCCUUCGUUUUAUUCUUGUGUAUGUAGUGUAGUGUGUAGAUGAAAAGAACUCUUUUGUUGAAUGGAGAUAUAAUACUCAAACUAUAAUUUGUCUUGGUGUUGAAUUAAAUUUUGUUGAGUGUGAGGUGUGGUGUUAGACGCCAUUUCGUA